GGCUCCGGGGAUGAGAGUGCUGCUGCUGCGGCUGCUGGAGGGGUGCAGCGAGUUUCUCCCGUCCCGUAAAGUUUCCUGCAAGAUUCCCGGGGCCCCCCCGCGGCCCCUCCCUCCUUCCCCGGGACCCCCAGAGCCCCCCUGUGCCCCAGCUCCCCGCACGCCGGCCCCGGCUCCGUCUCCCCUUUGUCUGCAGCUGUGGAGUUACUGUGCCGGGCUCCCGGGGCCCCCCAUCUGCGGGACGUCAGGGGCCCCUCCCCGGGACUCUAUGGAUCCCCGGCUCUGCCUGCUGUGGCUGCCGCUCUCCCUGGCGCUGGAAGUCACACUUAUGAACACGAAAUUGGAAACAUCAGACCUUCGGUGGACAACGUUUCCAAAAGUUGAUGGGCAGUGGGAUGAAACUUCCGGCCUGGAUGAGGAACAAACACCUGUCCGUACCUAUGAAAUCUGCAAUGCUCACCUGUCGGGUCAGAACAACUGGCUGCGGACUAAUUACAUCAGGCGGGGUCCUGCCCGCCAUGCCUACGUGGAGAUAACAUUUACCAUGAUUGAGUGCGCAUCCAUAACCCGAGCUGGUCGUUCGUGCAAAGAGACCUUCAACCUCUACUUUUACCAAACCAACACCGACUCGGCCAGCGACCACUUCCCACCUUGGUUGGAGAACCCGUGGAUCAAGGUGGACACUGUGGCAGCCGACACUCUGGGACGGCCAGCUGGACGUGGGAGUGGAGGCUCAAUGAGGUCCAACGUCAAGACUCUGCGUUUGGGUCCAUUGAAGGACAAUGGUUUCUACUUAGCCUUCCAAGAUCAGGGGGCCUGCAUGGCGCUGCUUGCUGUCCGUGUCUUCUAUCGGUUAUGCCCGGCUGUGGUGGCAUCGCUGGCAAGCUUCCCAGAGACGGUGUCUGAAGGGCUCGUGGUGUCGGCUGAGGGCAGCUGUGUGGAGGGUGCUGAGGGCUCUCUUGGGAGACGUCCCACCAUGUAUUGCCGAGAGGAUGGGGAGUGGGCCAAACCGGCAGCGGGGGAGUGUGUCUGCACAGCAGGAAGGGAGGAGAAGGACGGUCGCACCAAGUGCACAGCUUGCCCCCCAGGAUAUUUUAAGCCUAGCGUUGGGGAGAUGCCGUGCCAACUGUGCCCAUACAACAGCCAGUCUGGAGCCGCUGGGGCCACAUCAUGUAACUGUAAACUCGGAUUUUACAGGGCACCUGGUGACCCACUAACUGCCCCCUGCACAGCUACCCCGUCUGCCCCCCGCAGUAUAGUCGCCAACAUGAAUGGAUCCACUGUAGACCUGGAGUGGAGCGAGCCCCUGGAUUCCGGCGGACGAUCGGACUUGUUCUACGAGGUGCAGUGUACAGAGUGCGCGGGGGGCGUGGUAUGCAUCCCCUGCUCGCGUCUCUCCUUCUCCCCCCGGCCUCAGAAGCUGACGGAGAGCAAAAUCCGAGUGUCGGGCCUCCGCCCCCGCGUUACCUACACCUUUCGGGUCCUGGCCCUGAACGGCGUGUCUGAGCGCAGCGGUGUGCCGGCAGCGGGCGAGGAGUAUAACGUCACCACCGACCGUGAUUUGCCUCUCCCGGUGAGCGGUAUCCAGCAGAUAGCCGCCUCGGUGUCCUCGUUAUCCCUGCGAUGGAACCCGCCCCUCCCACAGCGCUCUCCAAACAGGGGGAAUAUUCUGGAUUACGAAGUCAAAUACUACGAGAAGGAUCAAGAAAAGCCCCUGAUAAUGUUCCUGAAGACCCCGGGCAGCCAGGCCGAGCUGAAGGAACUCCGGUCAGGGGUUGUGUACGUGGUUCAGGUGCGCGCCAGGACCGAGGCCGGAUACGGGGCGUUCAGCGGAGACACCCUAUUCCAGACGCUACCUGUGGACCCAGAGAAGGCUCAGCCGCAGGUGGAGCUGAUCGCCGGGACGGCUGGUGUCGGUGCUCUGCUGGUGCUCGCAGUUAUCAUCACCGCCGUGGUGUGUGUGAGGAAGCACGGGGGUAACAAGGAGCCGGACUACAGUGACAAACCAGGGCAAUACCUCAUCGGACACAACGCCAAGUUAUACAUCGAUCCCUUCACCUACGAAGACCCCAACGAGGCCGUCAGAGAGUUCGCCAAGGAGAUCGAUGUGUCCUAUGUGAAGAUUGAGGAGGUCAUAGGAGCUGGUGAAUUUGGGGAAGUAUGUCGGGGUCGUCUCAAGGUCCCAGGGAAGAAGGAAAACUAUGUGGCCAUCAAAACUCUGAAGGGCGGCUACACGGAGCGCCUGCGGCGGGAGUUCCUGAGCGAGGCCAGCAUCAUGGGGCAGUUUCAGCACCCCAACAUCAUCCACCUGGAGGGAGUCAUUACAAACAACUGCCCCGUUAUGAUUAUCACUGAGUACAUGGAGAACGGGGCCCUGGACUCGUUUCUCAGGCAAAACGACGGGCAGUUCACACCCAUACAGCUGGUGGGAAUGCUGCGAGGAAUCGCCUCCGGUAUGCGCUACCUGGCGGAGAUGAACUACGUUCACCGGGACCUGGCCGCACGCAACAUUCUGGUGAACAGUAACCUGGUCUGCAAAGUGUCUGAUUUCGGCUUGUCGCGGUUCCUGCAGGAGGGUUCCACCGACCCUACGUACACGUCCUGUCUGGGCGGUAAGAUCCCAAUCCGCUGGACAGCCCCCGAAGCCAUCGCCUUCCGAAAGUUCACCUCAGCCAGCGAUGUCUGGGGUUACGGCAUCGUCAUGUGGGAAGUCAUGUCCUUCGGAGAGCGGCCAUACUGGGACAUGUCCAACCAAGACGUGAUAAAUGCCAUAGAGCAGGACUACCGUCUGCCGGCACCGCCGGACUGCCCCUCGGCGCUGCACCAACUGAUGCUGGACUGCUGGCAGCGAGACCGAGCCUCCCGGCCCCGCUUCACAGAAAUUGUCAGCUCUCUGGACAAGCUUAUCCGCAACCCGGCCAGCCUGAAAAUAACCGCCCGGGAGCAGCCAGGAUCAUCGCAGCCUCUGCUCGACCAGCGCACCCCCCACUAUUCCUCCUUCUCCUCUGUGGGCGAGUGGCUGCACGCCAUCAAAAUGGGGCGAUAUGAGGAGGGUUUCAGGAAUGCCGGAUUUACAACGUUCAGCCGAGUGCGACAGCUAAACACAGAAGACCUCCUGCGGAUUGGGAUCACCCUGGCCGGUCAUCAGAAGAAGAUUCUGUCCAGCCUACAACAGAUUAUCCCGCCUGAGAAGUUCCCCGCCGGAUCUGCCCCGUGCUACUAACUCUUACUAUAGCUGAAGGAUGGACCCCGCUCCCGUCUGUCACCACUGCUAUAGCGGACCAUGAGACUGCAACAUGAGGUUCUGCGAAUGAACUAUGACGUCAUGUCUACUGAUGUCCAUUAAAGCGUGACCUCAUGUCUCCCGCUACCCUGCAACCCUAUAGCUACAUGCAUUCUGCAAUCCCAUUGCCUAGAAUUGACCACAGCCGACAGCUGACCAAUAAACUGUAACUGCGGCUGCAGAUGACCCUUUGGCCCCCGAGCCAUGACCUUUACUCCUCCGCCGCUGACCAAUCACUGUCUUUGGACGCAGUCCACCGUUUUGAGAGACUUCUGCUAAACAGAGACCCCCAAGUGCCUGUGAUGUCAUAUGUGAUGUCACCAAAUGCCUUAUACAGUGCAGGGACAAUGGUAUAUAGACUUAUAUAUACAGUAAGUGGGGCGUGUGGAUUUACAGUACAUGUGUAUGUAACAUACACAGACUGACGUAACCUUCUCUCCCCCCUUGUGUGUUAUAUGCGCACAUUUCUGUAUAGCACUGUGAAGACCCCAGUUACAUAGAACUGUAUGUAAUGUGUAUAUUUAUAUAUAUAUAUGCAUUGUGAAAAAUGAAUUUUGUUCUUCCAUUUUUAUAUUAAAUUAUUUGUUAAUAAAAGAACUGCAAAGUGA